AGUUUACUUAUUCUCGUGCGCUCGCAAUCACAGCUGAGGGCAUUGAUGUGAGCGCAGAGACUUCCAGUGUUUGACGCGCACUUAUUUCCCCCCAUCUUCUCACCUUCACACACGGAGCACUAAUCCACCUUCUCACCUUUAGUUUAGCGCCUACCUGUGUUUCUUAUCUUUACUUUUCCCCCCCCUCCUCUCAUUUAUGAAUGAUUCUCUCUCGCAAUACAACUUGUACUAGUAGAAGAACACCUUCUUUCUUGGACACGUCUCCGUCCUCGUCCGCACCUCCUCACCUCGGCACAUCUUCUCUCCUCAAGCUCAAACGGCACCAGGACCUUCACUGCAGCUUCAGACGCACUUGGGGGAAAUAUCACUCGACGAGGAAAAACUUGAUACUUUGUGCAGCAGCGGCGGCAGCAGCUGAAGCAGCUGAAGACACCGACAACACCGACAACAUGAGUCUGAAAAGUGACGCAGAGCCCAAUAACAACGUGUCCAUGGAGGAGGAGGUACGGACACUGUUUGUAAGUGGCCUACCAGUGGAUAUCAAACCACGGGAACUUUACCUUCUCUUCAGACCUUUUAAGGGUUAUGAAGGGUCACUGAUUAAGUUGACUUCAAAACAGCCUGUUGGGUUUGUAACCUUUGACAGUAGGUCUGGAGCUGAAGCUGCAAAAAAUGCAUUAAAUGGAAUCCGCUUUGACCCCGAAAGUCCCCAGACCCUGCGCUUAGAGUUUGCUAAAGCCAACACGAAGAUGGCAAAGAGUAAGCUGAUGGCCACACCGAACCCCACAAAUAUCCACCCUGCUCUAGGAGCUCACUUCAUUGCACGGGACCCAUAUGAUCUGACAGGGGCAGCACUGAUCCCAGCAUCACCAGAUGCCUGGACUCCUUACCCUCUGUACACCACGGAGCUGACUCCAGGCCUCCCUCACACAGCCUUCACUUACCCGGCAGCCGCUGCCGCUGCAGCUGCCCUUCAUGCCCAGAUGCGCUGGUACCCUACUCCCUCUGAGACUUCCCAGCCUGGAUGGAAAUCCCGGCAGUUUUGUUAGAUAUGUAGCCUCUGGAAACCACACCUUUGUCCAGCUGAAGUGCGGUUUGCCAAGCUCUUGAUUAAUUUAACCAGGUUUAUUUAAUAAACAGAUGUGCAUUAUCAUAAACAAACAGUAUUUAUGUCACCUCCCAAUUGUCUGUUGGGGGGGGAGAUUGAGAGUUUGAGAUCAUCUUGCUGUUGACAAUCUAAGCUUUUCCUUGGCAACUAUUGCGGUACCAUCUAAGCACUUCAAAAUAUAUGUGGGGGGGACGGGGGACCCUCAUGUAAUGCCCAACUAAAUGGAUCCUAAUUGCUGAGGAAAAUUGAUGCAUUGAAGUUACCAUUAUUAAGCUAGUCCUUCCGCUGGGUUACCACUGCUCCUGGGAGGUUUAGAAACGUUAAGUCAUUGCAUGUUAAAGUCUUUUUGGCAUGAAUUUAGAACUCAGAGUUCUGUGUAUCCUAAUUUUCGUAGCAUUUGUGUUGCCUCUUUACCUUGGCUUAGACAGCGAAAUGUUUUGUUUUCCUGUAGAACCUUGGUCUUACCUCUGUGAAAGUUAGGCUAUUGUGUAAAUGGCUUAUCUCGCAUGGACCUUGUAAAUGCAUCCCUGCGUGCUGUGACAAUCCCAGUCCUUUAUGAUCAUAUCAGUGUCUGUCAUUAUUUGAGCAAAAGAAAGUACAAAUGUUUUUGUGCUUUUUUGCGUAAUGUGUAUUUAUGCAUUUUUGUGCAACUAAAUAAUGAACCUGUAUAAGUUGGAUGUUUAGUCGUCUCUUGUGUUUUCCGAUCCCAUAAUCCUGUUGUAGUAGUUUUAAAGAAGAAAAAAGUGCAAUUUGUUUAAAGGGGAAGUGGGUAUCUGUCAAUGGAGGUAUUCUGAACAUGGCUUGUGCCAUUCUGCUAAAAUGAGAUUGCUGUAAAACCAUCUUUCAGAAUGUGAAACUGGACUACAAACGUAAAGGGUUGCUUUUUUUGGGGGGGGGGGGGCCAUUUUGAAAUGGAAGCAGGAUUUAGAGUAAUGAAGGAAUUUAGUUUGUGGUUUAGAAAAUGUUUGUCUUUGUAUCUGCUGUGCAUAAGAUGUAAAAAAAAAAAAAAAAUAAUCUAAUAAAACUCCCAUCUUAUGAAUAAAAUAAAUGAAUGCAUUUCUCUGGUGGGCAUCUGUCAUUUAUCGCUGCAGUGAAUCAGCAGCACAUAUUUAAAACCCUCAAAGAAUCCAACACCAUGGACAUCAGAUGUUGGCAUCAAUAAUUCAAGGCAACUUUUCAUUUUUAAGCAUCAUUGCAUUAUUGUCUGGAAUCAUGCAUGGAUCUGACCUCCACACUCUGCCCCCAUAGGCUGGUAAAGAUGCUCGGCUCAGUCAACCGUGACGGCUCCUCAGGGAUUCUUAAGUGACUGCUCUCUGUACAACCAGCUGUUUCAUUGCAGAGAUCUAAUGGUGAUUGAGGUUAACUGUAAACAUUUAUUCAUCUUGUGCCAAUUAAGUUGUAGUCUUUAAAGUGAAUGUUGCUAACCCUGUGAUGGUGUGUGGAGCAUUUUAUAUUCAAUUUAAUGGCAUCCACUCAGUAUUAGGAUUGAAAUGGUAUUUUAUUUUUAAAGGUUUAUAUCCGAAUUACGAUUUGACCAUUAUAUUAAAAUGAUCAAGAUAUUGGGUUAAGGAUGAGUACACCAAUUGUAUAAUUUGUAUCACAACUGAUUAUCAUGCUGUUGGAAUAAAAAUAUUGUAUUACA